UCGUCGCUGCUAGCAGCGUGCUCAGUCUUUGGCUGAUUUGUUGCUUCGCUUGUGGAGCGACGAUCCGCUCACGUUAAUUGGCGAGCAACAGUCGGUGCGGUUAAGCAUCUUUCAGUCGCAGUUAGCAUUGUAAUUGUGUAUUUCUAAAAACGUAGUGAUUUUCGUAUGUGAAACUCGAACGGAGUGUUUAAUUUGCAUCGGACAGAGACAGACUCAGUUGCUUGUAUUAUUUCGCCGCCGAUGCUGAACAAUUUGUUACAUCACGUAGGAAGAUAGUGGAUGAUUUAAGAAGUUAAGUCGUUCGUGGAGUCUCAAUUGUUAUCAUUAUGGAGGUCAUUCCGGAAAACAACGCAAAAAGAAUCAACGAUCAACACGAUGACAUAAAAAAUGCCUUUAGCGAUAACGACUCCGCGCGAAUGUCGCAUCUAUCAAAAAUGACUGCCGUAGACAUCGAAUUCAAUGAUUUGAUGUAUUCACCAGGCUCUCGUAAAGGGUCAAACUUAAUUCUGAAGGGAAUCAGUGGACAAUUCAAGUCAGGCGAAUUGACAGCGAUAUUGGGCCCUUCCGGUGCCGGGAAAUCGACGCUAUUAAAUAUUCUCGCGGGUUAUAAAUGUACGGAGAUAAAUGGCACUGUAAAUAUCAAUGGACAACCGCGAGACAUUAAUGAAUUUAAGAAAAUGUCAUGUUACAUCAUGCAACAGGAUCUCGUGCAGCCGAAACUCACGAUUUUAGAAGCGAUGACGUUUGCCGCCGACUUGAAACUUGGCAAAAGGAAAUCCCAGUUCGAGAAAAGUACUGCCAUAAACGAAAUUCUAAACAUACUGCGAUUAUGGAAAUCACGAAACACGUUUACAGAGAAUCUCUCUGGGGGUGAGAGGAAGAGACUGAUGAUCGCUCUCGAACUAGUAAAUAAUCCACCAGUUAUAUUCCUCGACGAACCAACAACCGGCGUAGAUGAGCUAUCCUCUUUACAGUGUAUCGAGCUAUUGAGAACAUUGGCGCAUUUCGGACGCACUAUAAUCUGCUCGAUACACACUCCCAGCGCGAGAACAUUUAAAAAAUUUGACAACAUCUACGUUAUCACUAACGGACAAUGCAUCUACAGAGGCACCGCCAGCGGCUUAGUGCCGUAUAUGCAAAGCAUAGAUAUAGAAUGUCCGAAACACUACAAUCCCGCAGACUUUGUGGUGGAAAUCUCAUCGGGCGAGUACGGCUCUGAUCUGAUUGAGCGAAUGAUCACUUGUGUGGAAACGAAGUUGCCGAUUUUACCGAUUGAUCGAUCGAGGCAAAUGUUCGAACUCGAAAAGAAAAAUCCAAACAUAUUUUGGUUCGAUCAAUUCAACGUACUAAUUAAGAGGAUGAUGACGCAGCUCUUUCGAGAUACGUAUAACAUGCACUUGAAGAUAGUUUUACACGUGUUCUUGGGAUUAGUCAUUGGUGGACUUUUCUUCAACAUGGGCAACGAUGGGUCCAAGGCUCUCUUCAACUUUGGCUUUUGUUUCGCGUGCAUUAUUGUAUUCCUCUACAUACCUAUGCUACCUGUUUUACUGACAUAUCCUGGACAAAUUCUACUGAUGAAGCGGGAGCACUUCAACAGAUGGUACAAUAUUAGCGCUUACUACUGGGCAUUAACAGUAGUCAAUAUACCUCAACAGAUACUGCUAGCAGUUAUAUAUCUCACAAUGGUCUACCUGAUUACCGGACAACCUUUGGAAUGGCAGAGAUGCUCCAUGUUCUUCAGCACUUGCUUUCUAUGCACCUUUAUUUCUGAGAGCAUAGCGCACAGCAUCGCCAGCACGUUGAAUGUCGUGAAUAGUAUAUUCUUCGGGCCUGUUAUUACCUGUCCCUUAAUACUGAUUGCGAUGCAAAACUUUGGUGAUCCUACGCCAUUACCGAUUUAUCGAACAUUACUUAUGUACAUGAGUUAUAUCCGAUAUGGACUGGAGGCCCUUAUAGCAGCCAUAUAUGGCGACAGGAAGAAAUUGCCUUGUCCUUUGGAGGAAAUAUAUUGUCAUUUCAGCUCGCCUGUGGAGAUCUUUCGGAUCAUCGGUAGACAAACCGCCCCCAAUUUCUGGAUGAAUAUAUUCGUCCUUGUGAUUAUCUUAUGUAUUUGUAAGGGGAUCUCAUAUUAUUUGCUAAUGCAACGAAUUCGACCAAAUAAAACCUUCCAAAUGUUCCAUCUAAUCGGAAGACUUGUCAAGAAACAUUUCAACGUGCAAUAAAUAAUAGAUAUCAAAGACCAUUUUGAUAUUAUAUGCGUAUUCCGAGACUCUUUAGAUUUAAGUAUUCUAAAUUUGCGACAUGACAGUGACUCUAGGCAUGUGUAACGUGUAAUGUGUUCAACGCUCAACGAGAGAAGAUUUGUAAAAAAAAGUAAAAUUAAUGUUUUAUUAUAUAAGAUAUUUCUUAGUGAAAAACAUAUUAUGAAGUUAAAAAAAAGAAUUUACUAUCUCCUAAUUUCAUGAACAUACCGUUAGUAAAGUGCAACAUGUUUUGUGCGUGUAUUAUGAUUAUUUCACGAUAAAAUAUGAUGAUAGAAAGAAAAGGAAAUAAAGAAAGCGAGAGAGGAAAUGAAAAUUCUAUUUAGUUAAAUAUUAUCGAGGAACAACGAAGUUGUUCACGAUCAGUAUUGCACGAAGUUUGCGUCACGAUACUGCACUAGUGCAAAGUACAAAGUACAAAGUAACACUGGAGUUAUAAAGAAUUGUAAUAUAUUAUUAAAAAAAAAUAUAUUAUUAAACAAAUGUCGAUAGCGUCAUCAUAGAACUAUUAAUAUUUCUCUACUGCAUGCACAUGCAUCCGGUUAUAGAUACAUCCGUAAACAUACUUUGAGCAAAUUAACAUAAUUUUAUGUCAAAAUCAUUUGUCAUCAUUAAACACGCUGUUGUAUAACAGGUAAAGGAAAAGAUAACCAAAGAUCAGUGAUAAAAAAUGACCAACUGUAGAUUUAUCAAUUCAUCAACAAACUUGACGGUUACUUAUCGUUUAUAAAACGAUAUACUCCCAUCAAAUUAUUACAAUUUCAUUGCAUAAAAGAUUUUAAUAAGAAAUAAUAUAAUUGU